GCUCAUUUCAGGAUUCCGGGUUACUCUGUUCUCUUUAGCAAGCCUACGAACUUCAUCUUCAUACUUGACUGAACGGGUUGGGACAAACGAUUGCUUCCAAAAUGGGAUUAUGGCGAUCAAAACAAAAAGUCGAGCCCAUCUCAGAUCUUGAUACACCAUGGAGGAAUGUAGACUGGACCAAAAAGGAAGACUUGGAAGAAAAAUUAACAGACAUUCAGCUGAACCAUCCAGAACUCAACCAAUUCAGAAUCCUGCUAUAUGGACCAGUAGGAGCAGGGAAAUCCAGUUUCAUAAACUUGGUGCAAAGCGUCUUCAAAGGAGAAAUUAUAACAAAGGCAGGCGAAGAGUCGGGGGUGAACAAAAGCUUCACAAAAAGAUACAAAGCCUACACUGUUAUCAAUAGCAAUUCUGAGACUUUGCCAUUUAUCUUCAAUGAUGCUUUGGGCCUGGAAAAUGGAACACAGAAUGGAAUUGACCCUGAAGAUAUUGUUAGUGCGCUGCAGGGCCAUAUAAAGGAUGGAUACACGGUAGAUAAAAGAAUGAAUGCAUACUUUCUCUAAACAAAGGUUUACGCACUGUAACCAUACUUUCCCCAAAUGGUGUAUGGACUUUUGCCUGUGAUUCAAUUGACAAAGAUAUCAAGAGUUCCAGAGCAGAGGGAACACAAAAAUCUACAUUACAACCCCAUUUCCAAGAAAGUUGGGAUGCUGUGCAAAAUGUAAAUAAAAACAAAAUGCAAUGACCAUUUGAACCCUAUAUUAAAUUGAAAAUAGUGCAAAGACAACAUUUCAAUUGAAACUGUUGAAACUGUUUGAAAAUUUUUAUUGAUUUUUGAAAAUAUUUGCCCAUUUUGAAUUUGUUACCAACAACACUUUGCUGGUAAAGCAGUAUAUUGCUUAAAAAAGCACUUGGUGGUUAAAUGGUUAAAUAAUUGGAUAUUGGAUAUUAAAAAAUGCAUCUCAGAGAGUCUUUCAGAAGUAAAGAUGAGUUGGGGUUCACCACUCUGUGAAAGACCGCACAAACAAA